GUAAGAAUUCCCUCCCGCUGAUUUCAGAAGACUAUGUUUACUUGUGUCAGCCUUUAAUUUGUUAAUUUGUCCCACUUUGGUUGAUCCAUCAUUUAUUCCGUUAAUUUGCCAGACUUUGGUUAAUUUGUCAGCCUUUAAUUUGUUAAUUUGUCACACUUUGGUUGAUCCUAAUGUAUAUAGGACCAUCAUUCAAGUUGAAUUUGGUUUGGAAGAUGAAGAAAUCAAAGGUGAAAUUCACAGAUCUAGUGAUAUUAUAUUUGUAUAACAUGUGUACAAAAAUAACCAUCUUUGUAACCAUUUGGAUCUGGAAAUCGUCGCACUCAUUUGAUGGGCAAGAUAGUAAGCAUCUAAUUAGUUUAACUUUUUAAAAAAUGGAAUCACAUAGAUUGUUUUUCUUGAUGGAUUGUGGCAGAGUCCCACAUUUUCCGAGUCUCGUUAGUUUUGGAUUCUUUUUAGUUAAACAACACCGUCGUGAAUUCAAGAACUCAGUGAAAAGAGGAACAACGAAAUUGAAGGUUCUGUUCAUCUUCAUCUGUUGUUGAAAAUGGACGCCGUUAACAGCUUCAAAUUUCUCGCAUUGGAAAAGUAUAUGCCCCUUGUGGUCAAAGCCCCCAAAUUUUCUCUUCCAUGUUCCCACUUAUUCAGACCUAAUUUAGGUGUCAAACAUGGAGAUUUUACACUUCCGAGGUCAUCUUCGAUCACCGUUCGCAGUAGUUGGAGGUCGAGAAUCGCUUACCAAGGAAAUAAGGGUGCGGAGCAAUCUUUUAGGGUGCCAACCAUUUCAUGUUCGAUGGUAGAUGGCAAUGGAGAAUACAAAGAAAUGGAGCAGUCCUCUUCAAUGGAUUGCCGGCAGGAGGGUGUUAUUGACUUGAAGCUCCCAAGAAGACGUUUGUUAGUAACUUUUACAUGUGACUCCUGUGGUGCACGGUCACAGAGAUUAAUAAAUAGACUAGCUUACGAACGGGGUCUUGUUUAUGUGCAGUGUUCAGGAUGUUCUCAGUACCACAAGCUUGUCGACAAUCUCGGACUUGUUAUUGAGUACAACUUGCAGGAGGAAAUUGAUUUAGAUGCAAAUAUAGAUCAAGUCUAGACAGAUCUUUAAUUUGUCAGCAUUUCAAUUUUUGAGGCAAAAAAUCUGCUGUGAUCUCAUGACAAAUAUAACAAAUUUUAAAUUUUUAGAAUGAUAGUAAAACAUUUUGGAGAUAAA